AUGUCCAAGCGCCACCGCCUCGACCUGGGGGACGACUACAGCUCCAGCAAGAAAAACGCACCACCGACGGGGAAAGAUCGGGACCGGGACAGGGACCGUGAUGACCGGUCCAAAGAUCGCGACAGGGAUCGUGACAGAGAUAGAGAUCGUGACAGAGAAAGGGACAAGGAAAAGGAUCUUCGACCUACAUCCAACUCUACAUAUUAUGGGGCUGCUGGGUUACCAGCUAUAAAACCAGCAAUGAUUCCACACAGUAUUAACCCUUUCACAAAUCUACCACAUACACCACGAUAUUAUGACAUCCUGAAAAAAAGGCUACAACUUCCUGUGUGGGAAUAUAAAGAAAGAUUCACAGAUAUUUUGAUUAGGCAUCAGUCAUUUGUGCUGGUCGGAGAGACUGGGUCUGGUAAAACAACACAGAUCCCCCAGUGGUGUGUCGACUACAUGCGCUCGUUGCCUGGCCCGAAGAGGGGAGUGGCCUGUACCCAGCCCAGGCGAGUGGCCGCGAUGAGCGUGGCCCAGCGGGUUGCUGAUGAGAUGGAUGUCAUGCUGGGGCAGGAGGUCGGUUACUCCAUUCGAUUUGAAGAUUGCAGUAGCGCAAAAACCAUUUUGAAAUAUAUGACUGAUGGUAUGUUACUUCGUGAAGCAAUGAAUGAUCCUUUGCUGGAGCGCUAUGGUGUUAUAAUUCUUGAUGAGGCCCAUGAGAGAACACUGGCUACGGAUAUCUUGAUGGGAGUUCUGAAGGAAGUUGUAAGACAAAGAUCUGAUUUGAAGGUUAUAGUUAUGAGUGCUACUUUAGAUGCUGGCAAGUUUCAGAUCUAUUUUGAUAACUGUCCUCUUCUAACUAUCCCGGGUCGCACCCAUCCCGUGGAGAUAUUCUAUACUCCAGAACCAGAAAGGGACUACCUUGAGGCUGCCAUUCGAACAGUGAUCCAAAUUCACAUGUGUGAAGAAGAAGAGGGAGAUCUGUUACUCUUUCUUACUGGACAAGAGGAGAUUGAUGAAGCCUGCAAGAGGAUAAAACGAGAAAUUGAUGAUUUAGGUCCUGAAGUCGGUGACAUCAAAAUCAUUCCAUUGUAUUCCACCCUUCCUCCACAGCAACAGCAAAGGAUAUUUGAACCUCCCCCACCAAAAAAACAAAAUGGAGCAAUAGGAAGAAAGGUGGUUGUGUCCACUAACAUUGCUGAGACAUCAUUAACAAUAGAUGGUGUUGUGUUUGUGAUUGAUCCUGGCUUUGCAAAACAGAAGGUGUACAACCCUCGUAUCAGGGUGGAGUCUCUCUUGGUGACUGCGAUCAGUAAAGCUUCUGCUCAGCAGCGAGCUGGCCGUGCUGGCCGUACUCGACCAGGCAAGUGCUUCAGGCUCUACACAGAGAAGGCCUACAAAACUGAAAUGCAGGACAACACAUACCCUGAAAUUUUGAGAUCUAACUUAGGAUCUGUAGUAUUACAGCUCAAGAAGCUUGGUAUAGAUGAUUUGGUGCACUUUGAUUUUAUGGAUCCUCCAGCUCCUGAAACUCUGAUGAGAGCCUUAGAGCUUUUAAAUUACCUGGCUGCUUUAAAUGAUGAUGGAGAUUUGACUGAAUUGGGAUCCAUGAUGGCUGAAUUUCCAUUGGACCCACAGCUGGCUAAAAUGGUUAUUGCAAGCUGUGACUACAACUGUUCUAAUGAGGUCCUAUCUAUUACUGCCAUGUUGUCAGUCCCACAGUGUUUUGUUCGCCCCACGGAAGCAAAGAAAGCAGCAGAUGAAGCCAAGAUGAGGUUUGCCCACAUAGAUGGAGAUCAUUUGACGUUGCUGAAUGUCUACCAUGCUUUCAAGCAAAAUCAUGAGUCGGUUCAGUGGUGUUAUGACAACUUCAUUAACUACAGGUCCCUGAUGUCUGCAGACAAUGUACGCCAACAGCUGUCACGAAUCAUGGAUAGAUUUAAUUUGCCCCGUAGAAGCACAGACUUUACCAGCCGAGACUAUUACAUCAACAUCAGAAAGGCAUUAGUUACUGGGUAUUUCAUGCAGGUGGCACAUUUGGAGCGAACGGGGCAUUACUUAACUGUAAAAGAUAACCAGGUGGUGCAGUUGCAUCCCUCCACUGUUCUUGAUCACAAACCAGAAUGGGUGCUGUAUAAUGAGUUUGUCCUUACAACGAAGAACUACAUCCGGACAUGUACAGACAUCAAGCCAGAAUGGCUGGUGAAAAUUGCCCCUCAAUAUUAUGACAUGAGCAAUUUUCCACAGUGCGAAGCAAAGAGACAGUUGGAUCGCAUCAUUGCCAAACUUCAGUCCAAGGAAUACUCACAGUACUGAAUUUAUGCUUUGAACUGAAGUUAUUCAGAGGACAGCUUUAAGAGAUGAAAGGAUUCAAAGUUCAAGUUGUGCUCUUCACUUUGGUUCAAUAAUGGCCUUUAUUUGAAAGCUUUUUAAUUUUUCUUUACAGUAAAUAUUCCAUUCUGAUUUCAUAAAUUAAACAUUUAUGCCUCCCUUUUGUGUUGACACUGUAGCUCAUACUGGAAAAGCUAAUCAAUGUUUUGCAGUUUAUUGAAAGUAGUUCUAUAUAUAACAAUGUUCUAAGCAUUUCUUUAGAAAUGGUUGAAAAUGCUUCUAAAAAUGUGAUUAUCGACCAUGGUAUGCAUGAUCGUUGUAAUUGUUGACAUUCCUUUUAGAAGUUGUGAAAUGUUACAACUUGUGCUUCUGUAGACACAAUCUUCAGCUUCAGUACAAAGGUACUGACUUCAAUAAAGUCUAUUUAUACUAA